AUGCUGUGUCAUCGCCAGGCGAGCGCACUUUGCGCCGCGGACCCGCAAAUCCGCCCCCUUUCCCGCGACUCCGCGCGCAGAGCUCCUCACUGCGUGCGCAUCACCGCAACGGCGCAGAUUCCCGCGUCGAGGAACGAGCGCGCGCUAAGCAGCACUGCCACUUCCGCCACUCCCUCCCCCGCGCAUAGCCCCAGCGGCAGCUCCACGCUUGAAAGCGUUUCCGCUGCUAGUGCUUCCGCCGAUUCACCCCCGCCGAAUGGCUCCGCGCGUCCCCUUACAAACGUAACAGCGACCAACGGCCGCGCGAAGGGCACGGGUGGGGAAAACGGGGAGGGAGAAGCGGAGAGGGAGCGGGCGGCGAUGCGCGCAGUGAUGCGGGAGCGGACGAGGGUGGUGCGCGCGAGGUACGCGCGCGUGAAGGACGUGCGGAAGGAGCACAUUCCCCCCGACGUGUUCGAUUACCUGCGCGCCGUGCAAGAAGUCAUUCAGGGGAAUCAAGGCGGCGAAUCCCGCGCGAGCAGCGCUGCAUCUGCUGCGCCUUUCCCUCUGCCCUUUCCCCCGCUCCCGCUGCCCUUCCCCCAGCUCCCCCUGCCCGCCCCCCUGCCGCCGCUCCCCCUGCCCGUCCCCCCGUUCCUGGAGUCGCUAUUCCCCGGGUCCGCGGGGGCCGCCGUUGAGAGCAGCGCAGGCGCGGGGAGCGAAGAGCGCGCGGCGGAGAAGGCGGAGAGCGGGCCUCCGCGGUUCCUGUGCCCCGCGGAUGCCGUUCCGCCCAGCGACGCGGGGCUGCUUCCGCGGCUCUUCUUUCUGCCAGGUGGGGGAACGCGGAGCAUCGAGGGAUCGGGGUUUGGCCUGCAGCUGCACCACAAGACACUCGCCAGGCUGUUCGAGGUGACCUGUCUGCACGUGCCACUCUCUGACCGCACGAGCUUCACUCGCCUCGUCGAACUGGUGGAGGAGGAGGUGGUGAGGGAGCACAAGCUGAACCCCUCCCGCGCACUCUUCAUCCUGGGGGAGUCAUUUGGCGCCCUGCUCGCCCUCGCUGUGUCUGCCCGGAAUACCAAGCUGCCCAUCACCCUCGUGCUCGUCAACCCUGCAACAAGCUUUCCGCGCUCACCACUGCACCCACUGAUCCCAGUGCUGCGCUCCAUCCCACCGGACGUCUACCGCGUCUUCCCCUACCUUCUCAGCUUCACCAUGGGCAACCCCAUACGCAUGGCAUCGGGGCAAGUGCCCCUAGAUGCCUCUCCGCUCGACCGCCUAGUGCAACUCCGGCAGAACCUGCUCGACCUGCUGCCCAUCCUGCCCCUCGUGGCGGACAUACUUCCCCAGGAGACGCUGGAGUGGAAGCUGGAUCUGCUGGAGGAAGGGAGUGCUGCUGUGGAGCCUGUACUGAAAGACAUCAAGCACACCACGCUCAUUGUCGCCGGGGGUGAGGAUCAGAUGCUACCGAGUGAGGAAGAGGCAAAGCGGCUGCACAAGGAGAUGGCGGCUUACAAAACGGUGGUCAAGCAGUGCCCCAACUCGGGGCACACGCUGCUGCUGGAGGCGGACAUAGAUCUGGCGAGCAUCAUCAAGGGCGCGGGCGUGUACAGGCGCAGCAGCAGCAAGCGGGAGGACCCGCAAGUGGACGGCUUCGUGCUGCCCACUGUGGAGGAGUUUGCACGCAGCAAGGGCGGCAUGGACGGCACGAUUCGUCUCAUGUGCUCGCCCGUGUUCCUGUCCACAGUGGUGGACGAUGCGCGAGACACCACCGACCUCAGCAGGGUCCUCAGGAACUCCUCUUCCCCCUCCCACUCCUCCCAUUCCUCCUCCUCUUCGUUGUCCGCACGCAUCGUGCUGGGUUUAGAGGGCAUACCAACAGACGAGCGCCCGCUGCUCUUCGUGGGAAACCACCAGACGUACGCGCCGGACCUCUCCCCCUUAAUCGCAGAGCUGCUCGCACAUGGAGUGCCACUAAGAGGACUUGCCCACCCCAUCGCUCUCGGCAUGUUCCCCGGCUCCAUAGAGCACAACCCCAUGGCAGAGGAGUUCCGUCUCUUCGGCGCCGUGCCGGUGACGCCUAAAGUGCUGCACCGCCUGAUGGCCACCGACCAGGCGGCGCUGCUGUUUCCCGGAGGGAUGAGGGAGGCAUUGAGGAAGCGGGUGCUGCACCGCCUGCUCGCCACAGACCAGGCGGCGCUGCUGUUCCUGGGAGGCAUGCGGGAGGCACUCAGGAAGCGGGUGAGUGGCACUGGGGAGGAGAUGAAUGCAUGUUGGUGCUGGGCUGGUGAGUUGACCCUGGGAGGUGGCUCAUUGCACCGCCUGAUGGCAACAGACCAGGCGGCACUGCUAUUCCCAGGGGGCAUGCGGGAGGCGCUGAGGAAACAGGGCGAGGAGUACAAGCUCUUCUGGCCACACCGCGCUGAGUUCGUGCGCAUGGCGGUGAGUCACCAUGCUGCUAAUGUGCACGGGGAGAAGAUGAAUGAGUUCAUGGAUCCCCCUGUCUUCCCUCUCUCUUUCUUCCAUCUUCCCCAUCACGUCAUCCACACCAUCCCCAUUAGUUA